AUGUGGGUGGCUCACCUCUUUGGUUGGCUCGCCUGGUCGCUGCAUGCCUCGGCGACCAUUCUGCAGAACGGCCAGGAGCGAGAGAACCCAUGGCCAGGGCAAGCGCCCGAGAUCGCGCUCGACGACACCUGGAAUACCUAUGGGGCGGAUGCCCCGGAAGUGUCUUACAAAGGCCGUUGGGAUAGUCAACAUGUUUCCUUCUUUAGGGUGGUCGUUCGUCUUCCCCGGAGUUCCCCCCCCCCCCCCCUCCCCCUUGCGACCACGGCUAACGGCGAUCCUGACAUCACUAGAGCUCCGGGCAUCAAGGUAGAAUUUUCUGGAAAUAAGCUUGCUGUGAGCUUCGGACCCAGCACCACCGAUGGCGUCCUGGUUGCCUAUCGAGUUGGAAAUCUUGACUGGCAAUUUUCAAAUGUGACUGCCGACGCGACUUAUCAAUUCGUCGGGGAUUGGUCGGAGCUUGAAGACACCCCGGCGGAGACCAGCAAGGUGUUUGAGAUGCGAGUUCAGAUCGCCGGAGUCGCAACCGCAGACGACGCAGAGCUCACCAUCCCGAAACGAUUCGAUAAGAAAGUGGAAGUCAUUGGCGGAUCUGUCGCUUCAGGACAGUACGGCACAUAUGAGACCCUCUCAUCAUGGGCAUGGCUAUUCGUCGCCGGGCUGGGCAACGUCGAGCAUACGCUGACUGCCUACCCCGGUGUCUGCCUCGUCGAUAAACAAUGUUACGGCGGCCAGUCUCACGGCAUUGGUUGGUACUGGCACCGCGCAUCUGAUCCCGGCAGCCGUGCCCACGCCUUCUUCGGUGACGACCCAGAAGAAUUCGACGUUGAGGGCGAACAGCCAACCGAUCUUUUCCUCAUCCAAAUGGGCGGAAAUGAUCAUCGCCACCCCAACGAGAUCCCUCCUCAGAAUUACUAUGACGCCUACGUCGAGCUGAUUGAGGACCUUCACCGAACCCACCCCCACGCGACCGUCCUCCUCCUGUCUCAAUGGGGCCAAUGGGUCAAGGACGGACUCUCCUACAAACAGACAGAAGUCUACGAGGAGGAACACCGCAAGGUCCACGAACACUUCAAAGACCGAGGCUUCGUCUACUACUUCAACACAAGGGGAAUUUUACAGCACAAUGACAUCAACCCUAAGAACCACCCGACGGAUGUUGGUCAUAUCAAGUUGGCCAGCCACCUUUUGCAGUGGGUGAGGAUGGUCCUCAGAUGGGACCUCGAGCCUCUUGGAGAGGUUACGCAUGAUACGCUUUACUGGAAUAACCAGCAGGAGUAUUAG